AUGUCUUCACAAGAGACACCAGAGCCCGCUGGCAGGAAAAAUACAAACUUACUCGAAUUCAGUACCUUUUGUCUGGACUCUGACUUUAUAUUUGGAUUCACCAGUCACCUUUUGAGGAGGAAACCUAAGGUGGUGGAUGGCAGCCCGGGCAGGGAGCCUCCGCCGGUGUCCCUGGAGUCCGGCCCCAGGAAGAGGGUGCAGGCGGCCGAGGAAGGUCACUGUGGCAGUCGCCCUCCUCCCGAGGGCGCAGGAGCGGCCACCGGGCUGGAGUCGGGCUCCUUCGAGAAGGAAGAGAGAGGCGCCUGGUGCAAGAAUUGCCAGGUCAAAUUGGCGGAGCUCAGAAGGCAAGCCUUGAAGCUGGUCAUCCCCGGGUCCAUCAAGGACCCGGGAUUUUCAGCUUUCAUUUUUGACAAGCUUCAAGUGCCUGACUCUUCAAAGAGAGGUCGAAAUGAAAGUGAGAGCAGAUGUGAGGUUUGUGCCACACACCUCAAUCAGCUGAAAAAGGAAGCGAUUCAGAUGGUCCAUACACUCAGCCAAGCCUCCACUCAGGAACAGUCUGAUCCACUGUCUGAUCUUGCAGUGGGCAGUGUUUCACCAAAACGUGAUUCCCAAAAUAUGGUCACCCUUUCGUCACAAAGGGAUUGGCCUCUGAUCGCAGGACAAGCAAGCAGACAGCCUGGAAAAUCAGGAAAUAUAAUCUCUGGUACGGAGCGAAGGAAGGGAGUUGGUUGGCCUCAGGGUACAGGCAACCUUUCAAAAUCCAGCAUUCAAGUAACUGUUGGUCCCAGUGGCCUAAGCAGUGCUCUGAGCUCAGUCACCAUUCAGGCACAGCAGUACCUUGAGGGCAUGUGGAAUAUUUCUAGAGUCAACAACUUUCUUCCGAAUGCUUAUCUGACACAAACGAUGACCGAGAGUGGAAAAGAAGGUUUGUCUCAAGAACCUCUGACUCCGCAGAACAGUGGCAGUCAAGCGUGGGCAGCAAGUACACCGGCCUCUCAGAAUUCAUUACUACCUGGUGGGAUUCCUUCUGGUGCUUCUGCUGCAGCUUCUUUUUUCAUCAGAGCAGCACAGAAGCUGAAUCUAUCUUCGAAGCGAAAGAAGCACCAUCCGGGUCUCCAGCAUUCACACGAGUUCUCGUCUUACACAACAGAUUUCAGUGGCAUUCUGCAAGUAUCACCUCCCCCAGCACCACCAUGCCUUUUGAGGGCCGUGUCUAAAGUCAAGGACAACCCAGGCAUUGGAAAGGUGAAGGUAAUGGUACGGAUCUGUCCUUCCCAAGGAGCAAGUGACACAUCAGAGUCCAUGUCUUUCUUAAAAGUAGACUCUCGUAAAAAACAAAUAACCCUCUAUGACCCCUUGGUGAGCGGACAUGUAAGUUCUGCUCACCGUCGAACAAUUGUUGCUGCUCCAAAAAUGUUUGCGUUCGAUGCUGUGUUCACCCAAGACGCCUCACAAGCGGAGGUUUGCUCAGGAACAGUAGCAGAAGUCAUCCAGUCUGUCGUGAAUGGCGCAGAUGGCUGCAUAUUUUGCUUUGGUCAUGUCAAGCUUGGGAAAUCGUAUACUAUGAUUGGAAAGGACAAUUCAACACAAACUGGGAUCAUUCCCUGUGCAAUAUCCUGGCUUUUUAAACUAAUAAAUGAACGCAAGGAGAAGACGGGCACUCGCUUCUCGGUCAGGGUGUCUGCUGUUGAGAUUUGGGGCAAGGAGGAAAACCUUGGGGAUCUGUUAUCUGAAGCAGCCACUGGCAGUCUCCAAGAUGGCCAGUCUCCUGGUGUCUACCUCAGAGAGGAUCCAAUCUGUGGAACUCAGCUUCAGAAUCAAAGUGAGUUGAGAGCCCCCACGGCAGAAAAAGCAGCCUACUUCCUUGAUGCUGCAAUAGCCUCCAGAAGAACCAGUAGGCCUGAUUGUGAUGAAGAGGAAAGAAGAAACUCGCAUAUGCUCUUCACCCUUCAUAUCUAUCAAUACCGGAUGGAAAAGAGUGGCAAAGGGGGAAUGUCAGGAGGACGCAGUCGCCUGCACCUCAUUGAUUUGGGGAGCUGUGAAAAGGUUCUGAGCAAGAGCCGGGAUGGUGGCGGUGGACUCUGUCUGUCGCUCUCAGCUCUAGGCAAUGUCAUUUUGGCGUUGGUCAAUGGUGCUAAGCACAUUCCAUACAAAGAUAGCAAGCUUACUAUGCUGUUGAGAGAGUCACUGGGAAAUAUCAACUGUCGAACAACCAUGAUCACGCAUAUUUCUGGCUCUCCUAACAACUAUGCAGAAACCCUUACAAGCAUUCAGCUUGCAGCACGAAUUCAUCGAAUGAGAAAGAAAAAAUCCAAGUAUGCCUCAAGUUCUUCUGGAGGGGAGAGUUCAUGUGAAGAAGGUCGGAUUCGAAGGUCGCCUCACCUGAGACCCUUCCACCCAAGAACUAUAGCUCUUGACCCAGAACUUCCUGUGUUAGGAAUAUCCAGCGACCCAGAUUAUUCCUCAAGCAGUGAACAAUCGUGCGACACAGUUAUUUACGUCGGUCCCGAUGGUGCAGUGUUGUCUGAUCGGGAUCUCACAGACAAUGAGGGGCCCCCAGAGUUUGUACCUAUCAUCCCUUCUCUGAACAAGCGGUAUGAAGUUAAGAAAAACAGGGAAACUACCACUGGUGGUAAGAGCACCGAAAAGGACUAUUUCAAAUGCAAUACAUUUGCAGAAUUACAAGAGAGAUUAGAAUGUAUUGAUGGUAGUGAAGCACCCCUGAAGUUUUCUGCUGAACAAGGACUUUUCUUAUGUAGCACUAGUCCAGUUUCUCUCCAAGGAUGGAUGGAGAAUGUGCCAUCUACCACAGUGCAGGAGAAAGCUCAAUCUCAGGGUAAUGGUUCUCCAAUGAUGAACCCACCUCAAUCCAAAACAACUGAACACUUAAGCCUGCAAACCAAAGCUGAAGGAAGUAAAGUGGAAUUAAGUAGCGAUGCUGGAACAGAUGGAAUCCAAAAGACAAUCACAGCUUCCUCGAACAUGUCCAGAUCUAACUGCCCUAAAGCACAAGAACAGACAGCAGGUGCACCUGCUUCUGUUGUGAGGGAGAAAUCAUUGUUUUACAGGAGACCUUUGCCAAGUCCUGCACCGCCACCUCCACAAACAAAAGACACAGUAAAGAUUUGUUCAGAAUUCAAUAGCAGAUGUGUGGUUCGAACGCCUCCAGUGGGAAUGAGCCAUCAGGUGUCCAAUAAACAAGAGUGCAGUGUAACAGGAGGUGCUCUCGCACGCUGCAGAGGUACACACAGCCAAUCUGGUGCCAGAGACAUAAACGACUUAAAGUCGGCAUUAAGGACCGGUUGUAUCGACCGAGACAUGCUGACUACCACUGUGACCUUGCAGAAGCCCGUGGAACUUAACGGAGAAGACGAGCUGGUAUUUACAGUCGUCGAGGAGCUGUCAUUCGGAGAAGUCCUGGAAAAUGGUCGACCUGCCAGUAUUAUUAGCUUUAACAGUGAUUGUUCACUUCAGGCUCUGGCCUCAGGCUCACGGCCCGUCAGCAUUAUUAGUAGCAUCAAUGAUGACUUUGAAGCUUAUACCUCACCAGCAGCCCACGCUGGAGUAAAUAUUGACAUUGUAGUGCCACUUGUGGAGGCCUCAUUUUGCAGCAGUAGCAGGCGUUCAUCUAUUAGCUCCUGGCUUAGUGAAGUAAGCGUUUGUACUCUGGAAAGCGAUUGCGCCCAGUCCUCCGACGGUUUGGUGGCACAGUCUUGCUGCAGCUGUGGCGAGAUGUCUCUCGGGCCUUUUAAGUUGGAUUCACCUGAUGAGCUGCAAGACACGACCGUGUCACUGCCACACACUCCAAAAAGCACGUUGAACGACAGUGGAUUCUGUUUCUCUGAACUGGAGAAUGAAAGUGCUGGUUCGAGCAAGCUUACUGUCGACGGCAACAAAAGUUCUGAUGCCUUAGGUUCACCCAAAGCAGCUUCAAGCAAAUUCGUGGCCGAUGCUACCAAUUCCUCAGUGAUGAAAUCCAGCACUCCAGCACAUUCUCCCGCCCCAGGGAUUUGUGAAGAGGUUCCUAUUAGCCACUGUAGUCUUCCCACGACCAGGAAAGUAAAACCUACCUCAUCUGUGAGCCACAGUUGCAGCACUGUGAACUGCGCAGACACACAAAGGCAAGAAAACAAACUCGCGGACCCUUGGUUGAAGCGCACAAAUAGCCAACUGGAACCAAAAGCAGGGGAUCAAGCUCUUUCAGCUAAAUCCUCCACUAGAUCUGGAAAUAGUAUUCAGGCGAAGCAGCAAAUGAAAACAGCCCAGAAUACCGGAACUCUUCCUAGACUCAACAAAUCCUAUACAACCAUUUCCUGUACACACAGAGUCGUGGACGGUUGCGAGAUGGCAACUAAAUCCAACGGAGCAAAUGGUACAAAUGUCAGAAAAUGUGAGGGGCCAGGAAGAGCAGCACAGGUCAAGAAAGGAAGUGCAACCGUCGCGACAAUGCCGAUAAUGCACACUUGCGCCAACGUCGGAGCUAUCCCCAAGAGUCAACAAGAUUAUGCUUCGAUUGCCGGCAGUUUGAAAUCAACUACGGGGAAGAAAACAUCAGCGCCGAAGGCGAGCAUGCUGCCAAGGCUCAGUGGAACUCCCCCAGCACCGCCCGUCCGUAAAUCUAGCUUAGAUCUGAAAAACCGAGCCACGCCACUAGUUGGCGCCCAAAAAGGUACUGCUUCAGAUACAGUUAAAGCGACCUCACCAAAGCUAGAGGAUGAAAUCGAUGGAAGACCAAAGGUUGCUUCUUGUGUCGGGGAAGGCAGCAUGAGUAGACCAGCAAACGUGAAAUCUGACCAGACCUCUGCUAAAAAUGGUUCGAAUCCCAAAUCGAAGUUGCCUAAACUCGAAGCUGUGCAACGCUGUGGGAGUCAGGCAUCCCUGGAGAGAUGUGAUAGCUUGUCUUCGGUAGGGUCAAAGAAUGGUGUGGUUAAGGAAAAUGGUAACCUCGGCAGCAACAAUGGCAGAACUGGCCGAUCGGUACCACGCCUUGGUGUUUCACCUUCAGCUCCAGCGGUCUCCUCCCCACCCAUUUCCGUAGUCCUCGGACCAGGUAAAUCCAAUCAAACCAAAUGUGCUUCCAAUAACAAAGUAGUGGUGUCAGGCGGUAAGUGUCGAAGCCUUUCUACAAGUGGAGCCAAGGUGUUGACCACAUCUGUGAAGUCGCUAACCCAGUCGAUAGGUCGAAGUUCCAGUGUUCCGCCAAAUGGAAAAACAAUACCUCGCUCGGCUCAGCCAGCAAAUUGUAAACCCGGCAAAGGAACAAUCAUGGGAACAAAGCAAGCAGUCAGGGCAGCAAACAGCCGUGUCUCCGAGCUGGCAUCAGGGGCCUCUUCUAGUAAAAUGGGCCAUUUGAGAGGAUCUACAGACUCUGACAGUGGAAAUGACAGUGGGGUGAACCUCAGUGAUGAAAAAUCACAGAUACCAGUCUUGCCUUCUCCGUACAGUAAAAUAACUGCACCCCGACGACCUCAACGCUACAGUAGUGGGCACGGAAGUGACAACAGCAGUGUUCUCAGUGGAGAGCUGCCUCCAGCCAUGGGAAGAACUGCUCUCUUUUACCACAGUGGUGGCAGCAGUGGCUAUGAAAGCAUGAUUCGGGACAGUGAAGCCACUGGCAGCGCAUCAUCAGCACACGACUCCAUGAGUGAAAGUGGAAUGUCUUCGUCUGGCCGCAAUAGGAGUUCAAAGUCCCCGAAAAAGCGCGCAACAGGGAUCCAGCGGCGCCGGCUCAUUCCUACUCCUUUGCCCGAUGCUUCGUCCUUGGGACGGAAACCGACCACGGGAGCAGGGCAGUGGGUGGAUCUGCCACCACUGCCGGGCACUCUGAAAGAGUCGUUUGAAAUUAAGGUUUAUGAGAUUGAUGAUGUGGAACGGUUACAACGACACAGGCAGGAAGAAAAUGAGCAGCCUUUCCAAGACGUUGACAAGGGCUUGUUGUACUUCAACACAAAGCUGAAGAUCUUGGAGAAGCGUCAGCAGAGGAUAAGAGAGUUAAAGGCAAAGCACGAGGUGUUGAAAAAGGAGCUGGAGGAUACAAAGGACAGGCUGAUGAUGGAUCCUGAUAAAUGGAAUUCUGAGUUUGAGGUUGACCCAGACCUGGAUAAAGACUCCCUGGAGUAUUUGGAAGCUUUGGAAGAGGUAACAGAGGAACUUGAGCAACGUGUCAACCUAUGCAAGUCAAGGAUCAUGAUGGUGACUUGUUUUGAUAUUGGUGUGAUCAUUGAUGUGCAUGAUGGACCAAGGGAAGUGCAGGUUUAAAGGCUGCCAUUUGGUGAAAAGGAUUAAAACCCAAGUCAUUCUACGGUGGAAGUAGGCAUGUGAUGAAGAAAUAAAUGCUUGAGGCAUUAUGAGUAAGAAGACGUUGGUGAUGUGAAGACAGAAAAGGUGACAGAGGAUGUUGAUGGGAGAGUUGCUGUGGUGACAAUGAAUCUUGAUGGUGAGCUGUGUAAAUCAAUACAGUGCCUCAGAACUUAAACUGAAUGAAAGUUUAAACUGUUGAUAAGAGCAAUUUCCUUUCUCAGAAGGAAGAGAGAAGGCAAUGUAAACCAGGAAGAAAAAGAACCGCAAACCUUAAAGUGCCUUUUUGACCGACUUGAUUUAUUUGCAUUGGUGCUAGUAAUGAA